AUGGCUACACCGAAUCCACUCGAGAAAACACACGGCAGCUCCCAUCCCUCCUCUAUCUCGAAGCAAACAUACCACAUCGCCGGCAUACUUACAACCGUCUAUGGCCUCGAUGAGCUAUCUCGAGACACGCAAGAGGUGGCCUGCCUCUGGCUGCUUCACCCCCGCCUCCAGACCCAAGAAUGCAUGGCCCCGGUUGCAGCGCGAACAAUCAUCCAGUGGAACAAUCGGAUAAGAGAUGGCCGCGCUGGGCCAUCACCCAAGGGCCUCAUCGCUGUAGGGUUCGACCAGCGUAACCACGGCUCAAGGCAAGUGGACAAAGUCGCCAAUGAAGCCUGGAGGGGCGGCAACCCGCGCCAUGCGCAGGACAUGUUCUCUAUUUACCAUGGCACAGCAGUCGACACUUCGCAUCUCCUGUCUUACUUGCCCGCUUAUCUUCCGCUUCAUCUCACCGUAACGACUCACCUCGCCCUCGGCAUCUCUCUGGGCGGCCAUUCUGUCUGGCACUGUCUCCUCUCCGAUCCGCGCAUCACGACCGGCGUCGUUGUAAUCGGCUGUCCUGAUUAUACCCGCCUGAUGCAGCACCGCGCUGAGAAGUCGAGGCUGCACUCCUGGACAUCCUCAUCGCCCCCAGGCUCUCGGUUCAUCGGGUCUGCAGACUUUCCGCCCGCGCUUGUCGAAAGUGUCGGACAAUUCGAUCCGGCAGGUCUCCUGCUACCGCUGCCAAACCCCAACCACACUCAGGAUGGCGACAGAGAUACUGCUUUGAAGCAGACACUCUUGAGGGAAAGACUGGGAGGAAAGCGGUUGCUUAACAUGAGCGGCGGAGCGGACAAGCUGGUGCCAUACAGUUGCGGGGUGACGUUUCUCGAUUACCUGAAGAACGAGAUAAGUCGGACUGGGUGCUGCGAGCUGGAGGACAUCGUAUUCGACGGUGCAGGCCACGAAAUGACCGCAGCCAUGGCAGAGAAAGCAGUAGCUUUCGUCUGCGACAGCUUAAACGAGGAGGGGGGCUCCAAUACAAGCGCCAAGACUUGCAAGAUUUAG